CGCAAAUGAAUUACUUGCUCAUGUCACUACCAGCCACUACUGCCUUCUUAGUUCCGUCUCGAAGGUAGCCGGAACUCAACCCAUCCCUGUACGACUUUUCAUUCGUACUACUCUGGACUCCUAGAGCCGAAGUAUGGGUUCUUUCAACGACACACUCAAUGGCAGCUCCGGCUACGGUGUCUCUGAAGCCAAUGGACUCGGGCAAAGCAGUGAUUCGUGUCGCAAGAGCUUUCACCGCCUGAAAGACCUCGGGACACUGCAACGGACUCUAGCCCCGAUCACAACGGCAGGCCUGUUCAAGGCCGACUGCUACGGCAAGAAGCCAAAGUCAACCAUCGAUGUCAGCAAGUUUCUCAGUCGCGAAGGACGUGUCAGACAGCCAUCGUCUCUGAAAGCCAGCGUGGCGGAGUUGGGCGAAGACAUGAUUAGUCUCGGCACAGGACGUCCAUCGCCCGACACCUAUCCGUUCGAGAGGAUGGAAUUUGCGUAUUCUUUGCCCAAUGCUACUGCCUGGACUGCCCAGGCUGUCGAGACCAAUGAUUGUGUGGCAAAACAGGAGACAGCGGUGGUGCGCAAGCAAGAUCCGUCAGCAUCGAUCGAUUUAGCCAUUGCUUUGUCCUACGGCUAUUCCCUUGGGUCUGAACAACUCAUUCAAUACCUCACCACCCACGUCUCUCAUGUUCAUUCUCCGCCUUAUUCAGAUUGGGAGAUAUGUCUCACUGGAGGGAACACCUUGGCAAUGGAGACCACUUUUCGCAACUUCACCGACCCCGGCGAUUGUGUCCUGGUGGAGGAGUACACGUAUUCGGGCAUGAUAGAGGCAGCGACACCUUUGGGCCUGACUCUGGUCCCUGUGGCCAUGGACGGAGAUGGACUAAACCCUCAAUGUCUGGACAGCAUCCUAUCGACUUGGAAUGAAUUUCAUCCGGGCAAGCCGGCACCAAAGCUGUUAUACACGAUACCGACCGGACACAACCCUACUGGCAUAACCCAGUCUCGGCAUCGGCGGCAAGAGAUAGUAGAUGUUGCCGAAAAACACGACAUCAUCAUUCUUGAGGAUGACCCUUACUACUACUUGCUUUUCCCACAAACCCACGGUGGAUCCGACACACUCGACCUUCCCUCCUACCUUUCACUCUCCAGAACCGGACGUGUGAUAAGACUCGACAGCACGUCCAAAAUCCUGGCGCCGGGUCUCAGGCUGGGUUGGCUCACGGCGCCAAAGGCGAUCGUCGAGACAUUUCAAGCCGCGCAUGACUUGGGGUUCGUCCAGUCCAGCGGGGUCAGUCAGCUGGCUGUGUACAAGCUAGUAUCGGAGACAUGGGGGCAUGAUGGAUUCCUGAACUGGCUGAAGGUUUUGGCGGGCAACUACCAGCGGAAAGCCACCAUAAUGCUCAAAGCUAUGGAAACAGAGCUCGGGAGGGGAUCACUGACGGAUAUAUGCUCUUGGGACGACAUCCAUGCAGGGAUGUUCAUCUGGCUGAAGGUGGACUGUAGCCGGCUGCCAGAUAUGUCCCGAACACCAAUGGACGCAGAGGCAAGACACCAAGCAUUGCUAAGCAUUGAGGACAAGAUCUACGCAGAAGGGUUGAAGGAAGGAGUGCUAGCCUGUAAGGGCAGCCCCUUUCAAACACCCUCCUUGACUUGCGAUGGUGUUGUCAAGACUAACGAAGAGCCUGGAAGUCCUCCGGUCAACGAAGGGAAUGCUGUUUUCUUCCGUCUGACCUUUGCGUCUGCCGAUGAAGCAGCCCUCGUCAGGGCGGUUGGACGCCUUGGAAGAGCACUCCGGAAAAUAUUCACUCCGGCACCUGGGGAAACAACCCCAGAGACAUAUCCUCACUGACCCUUCUGCAACGUUACGGGCUUUUAGUUUUCAGUGAGAUUGUGGCGCUCUUUAGUCCGGCACGUCGUUGGCGGAGUUCACCACUGAAAACACACAAAACCUGGUUAUGCCCACGUGGUAAACAGACGAAGGUUGCAUCAGGAAAGAACAAGGUGUCUUGGGUCUUGACUGCGAGAGGAUGAGAAGAAACCCCUGUAUCGAGAUAGACGGCGGCUCACUAGGCUUUAUCUUCGGGCAAGGGGACGACCGCUGAUCUAGCCCCGGCAGACUGAUAAGAAGUCUCCAUUUACUACCCGUUUUCGGGUCAAGUAUGGUUCUCUUCCCACAGGAUCGGU